AGGAAGCGGCGUGGGUGCGGAAGCCGGCAGCCCUGCGCGGUGGGCUGUGCACAGCAGCUGCUCACACGCGCCCCAUGGCUCACCCCGCCAUGGCGGUGCCCAGCGCCUUCCUGGUGCCUGUCCUCCUCCUCCUCUGCGGGCUGGGCCACUGCUUUGCUGCUGCCCACAGCCGUCCAGGGGUGGAGUGUGUCCUCUUCAACGAGGAGUACAUGACCUGCACGUGGGGGAGCAGAGAGACACUCACGGCCAACUACUCCCUCUUCUACUGGUAUGAGAACAGGUCCCCUGUUGUGGAGUGCAAGCACUACCUGCAGGACCAGGGCAUCAGCAUUGGCUGCUACUUCAACCAGAGUGAGAUCACCCAGUUCCAGACUUUCCGUGUCCUAGUCAAUGCCAGCCUUGGUGGCAGGACCCUGGACAUCCCCAGCAAGCCCAUGCAGCUGCAGGACCUGGUGAAACCAGCGGCACCCGUCAACUUGACCAUCCGCAACAUGAGCAGCAACCAGCUGCAGCUGACCUGGACCUCCCCAUACCCGAAAGCCCAGUGCCUGGAGCAUGCUGUCAAGUACAAGAGCAACAAGGACACCAGCUGGACGGAGCACCAGGUGAAAGGUGAUGUCUUCUCCUUCCCCAGCGUGGACUACGAGAAGUACUACACCUUCUAUGUGCGCAGCAAGAUCAACAGCUACUGUGGCAGCACCCAGCUCUGGAGUGAGUGGAGCGUCCCCGUGGUCUGGGGCAGCAACUCCACUAGCAAGGGUUCAGUGGAAGAGCAGCUGCACUGGUUCUGGAUCCACACAGUCCUGAUCCCCAUCGCCUCCUGCCUCCUCUUGCUGGUCCUCCUCAUCCUGCUGGUGCGCAUGGAAAGGGUGUGGGUCAUCCUCAUGCCCCGAAUCCCUAACCCCAGCAAGAACUUCGAAAACCUUUUCAUCACCCACAAUGGCAAUUUCCAGGAAUGGGCUGGAGUCCCCAAAGAUGUCGUGGAAAGCUUCAAGCCCAACUACAGUGAGAACAUCUGUCACGUGUGUGAGCUGCCCCCCAAGGAGACCUACGAGCCCCUCUGGGAAAGCAGCAACCACCCACCAGUGACAAUCAGCACCUCGUCCGUCCCCAGUGAGCACAGCCCCUACAAGAACAGCUACACAGGAGUGUGAUGCGCUCCCACAACCCCGCACCACACCUGCUCUGCACCCCUGCUGCCCUGCAGACAUCACUCCCUGCUCCCCCGCUACCUCCCCCAAAUACCCAGGACCCCCAGCCCUGCUCCCUGCCACAGCCACACUCAGCACCUCGCAACUCGGCGGCUGUACUGCACCACGGGGUGCUGGAUGCAGCCCCGGGUGCACUGUGUGGUGAAUGGGUACACUGCACGGUGCACUGGCUGCAGUGAGUGGCACCCUGGGUGCGCUGUUGCUCUGGGUGCUCUCUGUGGUGCAUCGGGUGCACGGGGUCACUGCUCUGGGUGUGUUGCAGCACAGUGGGCACACUGCACGGUGUGCCGGCACCUGCCCUGUCCUUGUGGUGUCCCAGAGGGAAGGGUGACAUCCCACCACAAGCCCUGUCAGGUGCAGGAGCCCUCGUGGGGCUGCUGCAGUGGAGCAGAGCCAUUGGAGGGCUGAUGGGCUCCUGUUACAGAUUGUCUUAGCCUAAGUUCGGGCCUUAGCUUAUAGAACUAUUUGGUAUACUGUUUCUUAUAUAACUUGCUUAGAAACUGCUUAUAGAGAACUUGUUUAUCAUAACUCAGCAUAAGUUUUAGGAAACAAGCCGUGAACUUCUGAACUUUCUGCCUCAGUAAGAAGGGCCCCAGAGUCAGUUCAAGCCAGAAUACAAGGGAGUUUUUAAUCAUCAUCAUCAUCAGAAGCAGCAUCCCUAGAGAUAAGGAAUGAAACAGCACGUCUGAAGACAAGAAACAGCAGAAUGUGAGAACUUACUAAUGUUUUGGAGGUUGCCGAGGGCUUUUUUCAACUUCCCAGCUGCAGCUGCAAUACAGCAACUGUGGUCAGCACCUAGACUGAAGUCCAGGCUAGUCAGUGAAAGACAAAAAACCACCCUCAGAGAUAAGAAACACACAAAUUGAGGCAUUCAGUGAAGAACAGGGAAGCCCCUGACUCUAAUUUUACAGCUGGCCUGAACUGACAUGCAAGGGGUGGGAAAAUUAGCUGGUAGGGUUAUAAAUGACCUGGAUUUUCUUGCUUAAGCUCCCUGUCCAGAAGCACCCAGCUUGAGCUGCUCUAUGCCACUGUACCCUUAAAAUAAAUGACUCAAGAAGAA